UGCCCGGAAGCGCAAAGUGUGUGUGUUUGCGAGUGUGUGAGAGAGCGCCGCGACUCCAGGGGCAGUUAUAAGUUCUCUGCAGGUUCCACAUCUACUUCAGUAAUACACUCUUUACACAAUGGCAACAAAGAAAGUUAUAAACUUUGGUUCGGGACCUGCGAAACUUCCAGAACCUGUUAUGAUCCAGGCUCAGAGAGAACUGCUGGAUUAUAAUGGUCUCGGAAUGAGUGUCCUUGAAAUGAGCCACAGGUCAUCAGAUUUUUUCAAGAUAGUCAACUCAGCUGAAACUCUACUUCGAGAACUAUUGAAUAUACCAGAAAACUACAAGGUUCUGUUUCUGCAAGGCGGUGGUACAGGCCAGUUCAGUGCUAUUCCUCUGAAUCUGUUGGGCCUGAAGGAGGACAGAUGUGCUGAUUAUAUUGUAACAGGAAACUUUUCUGCAAGAGCUGUCAAAGAGGCGGAGAAGUACGGCAAAGUGAACGUUGUAAAUCCAAAAGUAGACCGUCACACUGGGAUUCCAGACAGCAGCAGCUGGACACUGAACCCUUCAGCCUCGUACGUUUACUACUGCUGCAACGAAACAGUCCAUGGCAUUGAGUUUAACUUCAUUCCUGACACCAAGGAUGUGAUUCUUGUCAGUGAUAUGUCGUCAAAUUUCCUUUCACAACCAGUAGAUGUGUCCAAGUUUGGGCUCAUUUUCGCAGGUGCACAAAAAAAUGCUGGAUGUGCAGGAGUCACUAUCGUGAUCAUAAGGGAGGAUCUUAUGGGAAAAGCUUUGAAGGAGUGUCCUGUUAUAUUUGAUUACAAACUGCAAGCUGAAAAUAAUUCCCUCUACAACACGCCACCUUGCUUCAGUAUUUACAUUGUGAAACUGGUCCUCGAGUGGAUCAAAAACAAUGGAGGCAUAGAUGUCAUGGAGAAACUGAGCAAGCAGAAAUCCUCUCUGAUCUACGACAUCAUCGACAGCUCCAAUGGAUUUUACUCAUCCCCCAUCGAUGUCGAGUGCCGGAGUCGCAUGAACAUUCCAUUCCGCAUUGGAAACAUAAAAGGAGACGAAGCCCUGGAAAAACAGUUUCUGGAAGGGGCUUCCAAACUUGGAAUGAUGUCAUUAAAAGGACACAGAAGUGUUGGUGGAAUACGAGCUUCUCUGUACAAUGCAGUGACUCUGGAAGAGACUCAGGCCCUCGCUGAGUACAUGAAGGAGUUUCUAAAUAAACAUCAGUCUAAUAAAAUAGAUCAUUAAGGCUGCAUGGAAACAGGGCUUGUAGGUUAAUCUGUAUCAGCAUCAGUUUUUUUUUCUUUUUGUAGUAUUGUGAUAAUCACUUUCCUUUGUGGCUAGCAUUGUCUUACUGUACAGUAGAGACAUUCAUGCAGCUCUGACAUAAUUGUUUAAUUGUUUUCUAAUAUAAUUAUAUUAGAAUUAAACACUACAUUAUUCAGUCUUAAAUAAAUACUUGGAUAGUAUUUUUGAUAGUCACAACCUGACCUGGGAUACUGUAUCCGUUCAUGUGGUUUUGCCUAAAAUAACUAAUAAUUGUAUUUUUUAACAAUUAAAUGUAUCCUAAUGCUCACUUGGUCUGUGUGUUUCUAGUAUAUAAAUAAUGGCAUUUUUACUGAACAGUUUUAAUGUGCA